GUGGUAGUGGUGGUAGUGGUGGUAGUGGUGGUAGUUGUGAUAUUUGUGGUAUAUGGUGUUUUAUUGUGAGGGUUUAGGUUAGGUUAGGUUAGGUUUAGGUUAAGUGUGGUUGUGGUUGUCGUGGUAGUCGUGGUAGUCGUGAUAGUCGUGGUGGUUGUGGUAGUCGUGAUAGUUGUGGUGUUGUGAUAGUAGUGGUAGUCGUGAUAGUUGUGAUCGUCGUGGUCGUCGUGAUAGUUGGGUUUGGACGUCCAUCGGGUUUGGGGGGGAAUUCGUCCUCUUUUAUAUUUCUGUCGUCUGCUUGCGUGUGGCUUGGGUUUGUGUGGUCCGUGUGACUUGUGUUAUCGGAGGGGGGACAGUGUGGUAGAUACCGUAUCUGGUGGGUUCGUUGGAAUUCGGUGUGGGAUGUCGUCGAAUGUGGAGUAUUGAUGUAUCGUUGUUAUUGUGGUUUGUUGAUGGUUCCGUGGUAUCCGUGCGCAGUUGUGUUUCAUGUCUGUUUGUGUGGUGUCCGCUGGGGUUGUGAGAAUGGUGUUAUCGGUGUGUAUGUUCUGGGAUGGUGGGUAUUGUGGUUCGUGGUGUUGUUUGGUGCUGCGCUAUCAUCGUGGGCACUCGUCGAUGGACAGAUCUUUCUGCUUGGUCGAACAUGGUGGUGCGUGAGGCUUUCAGGUCGCGUCUACAUGGUCGUUGUGGGUUCAUGUUGACGCUUGAGGAAUAGCAUAAUGGUGGUACUGUAAAAUGAUGGUCCGGGGUAUCGACGUCAUGUGGGGGCUGGCCCUGGCCCCAUGGCGGGAAGAGCACAUCCUACAGGAGUGAUUGGUGGCGGGUUUUGGCGGGUUGGCUUUGGCGCCCUGGGUUUUGGCGGGCUGGGUUUUGGCGGGAUUCCUGGCCCAUAAAUUCGGCUGGUGUUGAUGUUACUGAUUGCCCCCCAGGCAGUUGGGCAGCAGCAACAUUCAAGACCGUAAC